CGCGACAACAAAAAAUAAGAUGGCCGCCCAGCGAAACAAAUAGAGCGCCGUUGUAAAUAACAAACCGUCUAAGCACGUUCCGCGAGGAAAUUCUCAACGCUGUGGUACGCGAUGCACGCAGCCUCGUGAUCGCUUCUUGGUGCUGUCAUAUCCAUCUAACCACGACGCUAACCAUUCAAGCGGCAAAGAACCCGCGACCGUGGUCAUAGCCACGAUUCAUUACUGUUGAAUGCGUCACGCGCGUGCACGAGCAUCGAAGAACACAGACCAGAGGGGCAAUCGAGCCGAGGAGGACUACCGUCGCCAGGAUGCAAUUGCGAAAGCGAGGCUACCUCGCGCCACGUCCCUACCAACGGCUCGCCUAGCUCCUCAUGCUAGUCUCGUCUUCCGAAUUGCUUGGAGCACAGCAUGAAGGAGAUGCUUGGAGGGUGCUGUGUGUGUUCUGACGAGAGGGGAUGGACUGAGAAUCCGCUGGUGUACUGCGAUGGCCAAGGUUGCACCGUUGCCGUACAUCAAGCUUGCUACGGUAUCGUCACAGUACCAACUGGGCCAUGGUACUGCAGGAAAUGUGAAUCACAGGAACGAAGUGCACGUGUGCGUUGCGAAUUGUGUCCCAGUCGAGAUGGAGCUCUUAAGAGAACGGAUCAGGCUGGGUGGGCUCAUGUUGUCUGCGCGCUUUAUAUACCAGAGGUUCGAUUUGGUAACGUAACAACAAUGGAGCCGAUUAUUUUGCAACUUAUACCGACAGAAAGAUUUAGUAAAUCUUGCUAUAUUUGCGAAGAACAAGGGAGAGGUAGCAGAGCUAAUGUGGGAGCAUGUAUGCAAUGCAACAAGACAGGCUGCAGGCAGCAAUUUCAUGUCACGUGUGCGCAAGCUCUUGGCUUGCUUUGCGAAGAGGCUGGCAACUAUUUGGACAAUGUCAAGUAUUGCGGAUACUGUCAGCAUCAUUAUUCAAAAUUGAAAAAGGGUGGUAACGUAAAAACAAUACCACCGUACAAACCGAUACCAGCUGACAAUGGCUCGUCAGAUUCGUCUCCUGAAAAGGAAGCAGAAACACCGAUAAAGUCUUCGUCAAGUGGUAAACGAAAGAGUUCAAGUUCCAAAUCCGCUACCAAUUCUAAAAACAAAUCCAAUACUAGUCCAAGUCUAGAAAUAAAUGGCGUUGCUGACGACAAAAGCAGCAGCGGCCGUAACACACCCAAAGACAACACCACAAAUUCAAGUAAAUUCACAACUUCCAACUUCGUAGAGACAAUCGUCACCCAAUCGGAGAGUGUCUUUGGGCAUGAUGGCACUACUUCAACUACUACAACAGUGAUGAUUAAGUCGGGAUCGAAUUCGAACUCUGGCCACAAAAACAGUGGACAAAUGAAAUCGAACUCAUCGUCAAACAAGACCUCGAUCCACAGUAAAAAGAGAAAAACUGGAGCUCGUACACCGACGGUGAUAGGAAACGAGAAUUCUAACCAAUCAGUCAGUUCGGAGGCUAGUGGCUCGGUCGUGGUUGCGGUCAGCUCCAUUGUGCAACAAGCGAUUUCAAGCAACAGUGUACAGAUAACGGAAGCGACUAGUCUAAGUACAACCACAGACCCAGAAAAAUCCAAAAAGCUGAAAGUUGAGAGUCCCGUCCAGUCAUUGUCGAGCACUCCAGUCAGCACCGAAGCAUCCACCACACCUGUGAUAAUGGCUGUGACGCAGUCCCAGUCGUCGGUUGUUACCCAGUCGCCGACGACUACAUCGAAUAGCAUAGUCGUAUCCGUUCCCCUGACCGCGACGUCGCUUUCUAAUACAGUGCAGAGUGUAGUAACGAGCGCUCCAACCCUGUAUCAGCAGUUGCAACAGAGCAUCAUCACCACAGCGGCCACCACGGAGCUGAGGGCGAAUGCAAUGUCGAAUUCGGAGAAAUUUGCUCCAGAAGAAGCACCUGCUAAGAGAUCUCGUUCUCAAUCGUCGGAUAAGCAAGAGAGGACACGCAAACCAAAGCGUGGUUCGUCCAAUAGUCAACCAGCACUGCCACAACCGCAAUUGCAACAACAACCCCAACCAACAGGUUCUUCCGUAGUAACAUCGGUAUCCAGUAGCGCAGUGGUGACUACGUCCAGGCGGGGAGGAAGAAGUAAUCAUCAGACUCCUCCGCCUGCUCUGUCCGUAACGCCCAUACCAUCCAUUAUUCAAGGACCAACGUUAAGCGGUGGGCAUUUUAGCAGCGUCGGAUCUGGUUCUACAAAUACGAUGGGUCCUACAGUUAAAGAGUCUCCCCCGAGCAGCCCUGGAUCCGAAAGUAUGAGUAGCAACGGACCGGGAAGGCGAAAGAGAAAAAGUGCUAGUGCAGCUUCUACGACGCCUACACCUUCUGCAUCAAGCACUCCAACGCUUACGAACCCUAAAGAAGAGAAAGAUGUUAAGCUGUUUCAGAAUGGAGUUAGUGCACCGCACAUGUUAGGGAAUCAGUUGAACCCAACCUCGACGAUGGCACAAAAGAUGUCCGACACCCUGUCGCAAGAACUGGAAGCACAUUCUAUUUUUACAGAAGCGAGUAAUUCCACAACGAAUUUAGUCGGCCCACAACUACAUAGUCGGGUGAUCGCGUCUAUUCGGUCGAAUCAGGCUAGUGCACCGCCUACAUCCUUUUCUUCAGUUUUUAAUACAGCAAGUAAUGCCAACCCCAACACCAGUACUGGCGCUGGUUCCAUCACCGGUUCGCUAGGAGGUGGAGCGAUACCCCAAACAUUGGAUCAACUUCUAGAGAGGCAAUGGGAACAAGGAAGUCAAUUCUUGAUGGAACAGGCUCAACAUUUUGACAUCGCUUCCCUACUUUCGUGUCUUCAUCAAUUAAGAGCAGAAAACCUUAGGCUAGAAGAACAUGUAAAUAGUCUGUUACAAAGGAGAGAUCACUUAUUGGCUGUGAACGCUAGACUUGCUAUCCCACUGACAACUCAGCCUAGUACGCAUCCAGCGAACAAUAUACAUCCAUCUGUCAAUCCGUCUCACCCCAAUGUUCCACACCCUGAUGUUCCACCAGGAGCUGCAGCUCCAGUUCCAAGAGUGAACCGUGAACCUCGAGUGAACAACACGUACAUGCCUCAUUCGAGUUCCAGUAAUCAUUCAACAACAUUAGAGAACGGUUUACCUCCGGAUCCCUCGCCUCCAGCUGCCGCGUCUCUGCCUCAAUAUCAACACAGAACUUCGUUAGUGGCACCUCAACCAAGUCCAACAAUCAGACACAGCCCGGCAGGAAGUGCGUAUCAUCAAGGGCAACCCAGCAAUAUCGUGUCUCCGGCACCCGCGAGCAAUUCUGGAGUUGUCAGGAACUCAUCUGUUACACCGGAUCCGUUGCGUGGAGUGCCAAGGUCAGUUCCACAGACAUUGAGCAAUUACAUGCCUUCGAUGUAUCAAUCCACUAUGUCCAGUCUGACAAAUAAUCAAGUAGGUAAUGUUCAUAAUCUUCAUUCUCAUGGACCUUCUCCACCCAGCCACGGGCCGCCUGGGAAACCCAGCUGAAGAUAAAUGCAAGCACUGAGUAAAUAGAAGCGUCCUGCAUUCAUUAGCAGACGUGGUAGCGAUGAAGCUUAAUCAUCAACCUGGAGACGUACUCCAUUCUCAAAAAUGGGUAGGAAACUCUCAUCGCCUCAUCCUUCGCUAUCAAUCCGACACGUGCUUCGUCGCUUGAAAUCGAUUUUAUCGUAUUUUAUUUGGUUUUGACUUUUGUUAUCAAACUCCACGGUUCGCUGUGUAGUUGAUGAUAUUAAUUUAUGAAGUAAUGAUGAUGUGGAUAAUUCUAAAUACGUAAUUCUAUGUAUUUCUAAGCAGAAUUUUCGACAUGGCGUCUGAAUGUAAAAAUGACGAGCACGACAAUUAGGGAUAGUUUCACAAGCAAAAAGGGGAGGCACUUUAUAUGUUGGUUUUCUUUUUUCGUUUCUCCUUGGUUACGCGUCGUUGAGCACGUCUGAGACAAUCUUUCCAUCGUCGGCAUCAUGAUGAAAGAGAAAAAUAAACGGGAAAUCCGCAGAUGUACAAAUCUUAGAUUGUAAGUUAAUCUACCGCGACGAGAAUAGCAAUAAUAUUUACAAGUAGAUGUACAUUUUAACGGAAGGUGACCGCGUGUAAGUCUGGUGGUACGACAAAGUUCACCCGUCGUUUUAUACAGAGGCAUUUCUCACAAAAACGUUUCACCAACUUUCUACGAUUUUUAUUCUUUUUGUUGGUAAGAAAGGAAAGGAUUCGGGAUUCGGAGGAAGUGGUUGUUAAUUCGAGUCGGGAAAUGCAAAGUCAACAAAGUUGAAUGAUUUCAAUUGUCCAUUGUUGUUAAGUGACUCUGUAUACUUGAAAAAAGUAUACUUUCCAUUUGACCAAACUUUUUUACUCUGGUAAAUACAGAAUAUCCUCCUGCCCCUGAAUCCUUUAUUUCAAGCGCUCUGCAGAUUCAAAUGCCAUGCUGUUAAUUUUGGGGGGAAGGGGGGAGGGGGGGGGGGUCUCUUUAGAACACCACUGUCGACAAAGGCUGCACCUUUGAUAGUAGACCUUUUAUAGUAGAUUUUAAUGCGGAAUCGAUCUGUCUCACAACUAGACGAUGUAUAUUCUAAUCUUAUACAUAAAACAUACUUAGAAGUACAACACGAGCACUGCCUUCCACCAAUAAAGCGUCGCCGUGAGACAGGUCGAUUAUUAAGCUCCUCUCCGUAGCAAAUGUAUAAUUGAUAUUAAUCGAGGCUUUCUAGUAUAAGCCGUGUCUUUUGAGUAAGAUACUUGUACGUUGCAGCUAGCUUCUUCAGGGUUCAAAUGACAUACCGAUAUCGGUGCUGAUAUCGUACUAUAACUUGGCUCAUAUUAAUACUUUAACUGCCGGCCUAUUUAAAAAGAGUCUACACUUUAGAAGAGAACUUUUUACAUUAGUCUAUAUCGAUCUAGGUUGAUAUUAACUUCUGCAUACUGUGAACAGGUAUAUUAAAAGCAUUAUUUGUUUCUAAAUGUUGAGCACUAUAAGUAGACGAAUCAACAACACCGUUAAUAGAUUCCAAUAAAUACCUACCUAAUUUGUAAGGAAGUGCAAUGAUGAUUAAACGUUGAAGUAUUUUACUCAAAUGAAUAAGCCUCAUUUAAUAUCAACCAUAAAGAACCGAGCCAUGAAAGUCUCGAAUAUCUUAAACGUGUAAUUGUUUCUACUUCAAUUUGGUUCUCGAUUGACUGAUAGAGCUGUACCGUGAGUCGUGGCAACCAUAUUGGCUCGGAGCCUUAACGUUUCAUAAGUUUUUCCUCAAGUUUGCUCGAGGAGUGUUUCAAUAUUGUACAUUAUAGGUUUCACACGCUUCGUUUGUGAACACAGCGGGUUUAUUUUGCAAUUCCUUCAUUGCUGGUACCUUACCUUUCUCUAUGGCAUCGAAUACUUGGUUUGAAUCAUAAGGGACAGUGUAAUCUUUAUCGAUCACUGUAAUGGUAACCGAAUGGUAGAUACGUAAUCAAAAUUUCUUACGAGAGUACAGAAAACUGUUGGGAGAAUUUAUAGGACGAAAUUUUGCUUGAAGACUAGAGAAAAUGAGAAAAAUUUGGAUCGCAAAGGGUUAAAAUAAACCUCCAUUGGAGCUGUUAGAGUAUUUGUAACUAGAAGACCAAGCUUCUCCUUUUAUAGGAAUUUCUCAUUUGAAAAGUAUCCGAGUUUGAAGAGUAGAGAGUUUGAAUGUGCAGCAUGUUCCAAUCGAUUCGAAUCAUUUUUUCCGUUUGUUUUCUAUACCACUGCCUGGCUGCCAAGCCUACAUUAUUUAAAUAUCAAUGCUUCGUUCCCUUGUGAAGAACGAAAAUGUUUAAAGAAAGAAAAAAAAACGAAAAUGUUUACCAUAUUGUGUUCUUUGUUUUAAUUAGUACGGUACGGAAGGAGAAUUUUAGAACGUGUUAGAGGAUUACGUGAGAAAUGGAUUUGUUUUUGGUUGAACGUGUAAAUUUUGUAAAGCUGCGCCAAGAAUUUUUAAGCUUACACUGUAUGACAAAGAUAAUGUGUAUGCAAGUAUGAGAUCAUAGUAGUGGUAGAUCACGAGGACACCAAAUCUUCAAAAUGGCUCGUCACCACUCAGGGAAAAUUGAUUUACUAUAAAAAAUUCGUAUUUUCUCAGCGUACGUUGAUUGUGCAUCUAGUAAGAAAUUCUCACCCAAGUAUUGUGCACGUUUUACAUUUUGCUUGAAGAUUGUAAUAUUUAUCAAACAGAUAAGAAGUUGUUUAUCUUUUGUUUGUUAUUCAAACCUUUUAUUCGGAUAAGAAUUUUGCAUGUUCCCGCAAUAAAUAAUACACUGUCUUUUUUUCUCAGUCUUGGAAGAAUCAUCUCGACAGAGAUAUAUUUUUAAUUUAUAAAAACACACAUGGAUCGAGAUCCAGACAAUGUACAACUUGUUUCCAUUAAUUUUAAGGUUCUAACCUUCUCAAUUGUCUCAUAAUGGGUGUAGAGUUGUAAAGCAUGGAUCAACGAAGAUCCGCAAUCAACUACCUUGUGGAAAGCCGAGAAAGUUUCUGAGAAAAAUAAGAAAAGUGUAAAAAAAAAAAGAGAAGAUAAACGAUGAUCGAAAACAACAAUUUAUACCGAUGAAGAGUAUUUUAUGCAUUAUCGAUGUAGUGUUGCUGUACGUUUAAGGUAAUAUUGUACGACAGGAUGCGAGAAAGAGCGAAGCAUGCACGACAGAAUAGUAUGAUCAAAGUUAAAAGAGCAGUACGAUAAUAUUUUUACACAGCAGGCCGUGCCAAAUUUUUGCAAAUCAUUAAACAUCUCAAUCUCUUGAAUAUUGCGUCGUUUAAAAACAUUUCAAAACUGUAAUCGACUUUGUUUUGCCUGAGAUUAAACUUUUUCCGGGAAAAAGAGGAUACGUAACUCUUAGUUUUGUUUAACGAUACUUGAAUGAAUCAUGUUCACGCUGCAGUGAGAAAAAAACGCCGAUUCCCGUUCUUGUGUUCACUUUCAGUUGGUGUACAAAUGAAUUAUUGUGUUCCUAAUCCGCCGUGGAUCGACUAUGGAAGCUCGUCGCUUGGAAAUUUCACUUUUAAUUUCACCAAAGUCUUCUCUAACAGAGAAUAUUGGGUUUAUGCACACAACAAGCAAGAAAAUAUCAAGAAUAAGUAUUUACCACUAACUUAACGAUAGAGAUCGUUACAAAAAACGUAAAAAAUUCAUGAACGCGAACAAAAUUGUAUCAUUCUUUGAUAACAAGACACAUUUUAAGAAGUAAUUUUCUGUACUUAAUCGAAUUCCGUUGUAAACUUUGCGUAAACCCAGUGAACCUCUGUUUAUUAGAAUAUUCUAUUUGUAGAUUUAUCUUAAAUGUUUUGUACGUAUAUAUUUAUGUACACAGAAAUCAUGCGUUUAGCAUAGACGUAGAUCGUAUUAAGUAUUGUAAAUACAAAUAUUGUAAAAUAUUUGUUCCUGAAAUUGAACCAUUGGGGUUUGACGAAUCGUUAAGUUCAUUGUUUUUUAUCAACGAAUACAAACUGUUGGGGAAUGUAUUGAAAGCAGAUGAAGUUCCAUUAGCUUUUUCUUGAGAACUCGAGCAUUUUGAAAGUUUUGAUUGUUAUCUAAACAAGGGAUUUGUACCCAAAUAAAAAGAUACCGAUAUUGUA